AGUCUGACCCUGUGGGUUCUGACUGUUGCUUCCCGUGUCCUCUGCACUCAUGCACAGGUGUAUUCUCAGACUGUCAAUACACACUAUGGCAAGCUUCGUGGCACUCGAGUGCCUCUCCCCAACGAGAUCCUGGGCCCUGUGGAUCAGUACCUUGGUGUACCAUAUGCUGCACCCCCUGUGGGGGAGAAAAGAUUCCUCCCACCAGAACCACCUCCAUCUUGGUCUGGCAUAAGGAAUGCCACACACUUCUCACCUGUCUGCCCACAGAACAUACAGAAUGCAGUACCAGAUAUCAUGAUGCCAAUUUGGUUCACCGCAAAUCUAGAUACUGUGACCGGUUAUCUUCAGGAGCAGAGUGAAGACUGUCUGUACCUCAAUAUCUAUGUGCCAACAGAGGAUGAUAUCCGUGAUACAGGAGCUAAGCCAGUUAUGGUUUAUAUCCAUGGAGGGUCAUACAUGGAAGGAAGCGGGAAUAUGCUUGAUGGCAGCGUUUUGGCCAGCUAUGGGAAUGUCAUAGUCAUCACCUUAAACUAUAGAGUUGGAGUUCUUGGGUUCCUAAGUACCGGUGAUCAGGCUGCAAAGGGAAAUUAUGGACUUUUGGAUCAGAUCCAGGCUCUGCGCUGGGUGAGCGAGAACGUGGCAUUCUUUGGGGGUGAUCCCCACAGGAUCACUGUGUUUGGCUCUGGGAUUGGGGCAUCCUGCGUCAGCCUUCUUACCCUGUCCCACCACUCGGAAGGUCUCUUCCAAAGAGCUAUCAUCCAGAGUGGUUCUGCUCUUUCCAGCUGGGCGGUCAAUUACCAGCCUGUGAAGUAUACACGAAUGCUAGCAGAAAAAGUGGGCUGCAAUGUCUUGGACACUGUGGACAUGGUUGAUUGUCUACGGCAGAAAAGUGCCAAGGAGCUAGUAGAGCAGGACAUUCAGCCAGCUCGUUAUCAUGUAGCGUUUGGUCCAGUAAUUGAUGGGGAUGUAAUUCCAGAUGACCCUGAGAUUCUUAUGGAACAGGGAGAAUUCCUCAACUAUGACAUAAUGUUGGGGGUAAAUCAGGGUGAGGGACUUAAAUUUGUUGAGAACGUAGUAGAUGCAGAGGAUGGUGUUUCUGGAAGUGACUUUGACUAUUCAGUGUCCAAUUUUGUAGACAAUUUGUAUGGAUACCCUGAGGGUAAGGACACAUUGCGAGAAACCAUCAAGUUUAUGUACACAGACUGGGCCGACCGAGACAACCCUGAGACUCGACGUAAGACUCUGGUUGCUCUUUUCACAGACCACCAAUGGGUGGAACCAUCAGUUGUGACAGCUGAUCUUCAUGCCCGCUAUGGCUCACCAACCUACUUUUAUGCUUUUUAUCACCACUGUCAGAGUCUUAUGAAGCCAGCAUGGUCUGAUGCAGCCCAUGGUGAUGAAGUACCAUAUGUGUUUGGGGUUCCUAUGGUGGGCCCUACAGAUCUGUUUCCCUGCAACUUCUCCAAAAAUGAUGUAAUGCUGAGUGCUGUUGUCAUGACCUAUUGGACCAACUUUGCCAAAACUGGCGACCCUAACAAACCAGUUCCUCAGGACACCAAAUUUAUCCACACUAAGGCAAAUCGAUUUGAAGAGGUAGCAUGGUCCAAGUACAAGCCUUUAGAUCAGCUGUACCUGCACAUUGGACUAAAGCCACGUGUACGUGAUCACUACAGAGCCACCAAGGUUGCGUUCUGGAAGCACUUGGUGCCACAUCUGUACAAUCUAAAUGAUAUGUUCCAUUACACCUCCACCACCACCAAGGUCCCACCAUCAGAUACCUCGCAGAACUCCCAAAUUACCCGCCGACCCAAGAUUUGGGAAACCAAGCGUCCAGGUGCUUCACCUACUUUUAAUGGUCCUGCAUCCAAGUGGAACCCAGACAUUGAUAUAGUGGACCCAGUGGUGAUCCAGGACCCACGAGAUUAUUCAACAGAAUUGAGUGUCACUAUUGCUGUUGGAGCAUCUCUUCUCUUUCUCAAUGUGCUAGCCUUUGCUGCACUCUACUACCGCAAUGAUAAACGACGCCAAGAUACUCAGCGACAGCCAAGCCCACAACGUACAACUGCUACUAGGGACCCAGCCCACAGUCCUGUCCCUCCUGAAGAGCUGAACUCUCUGCAGAUAAAUGCAGGUCACACUGAGUGUGAGGGAGUGGGUAUUUCCAGCCAUGAUAACCUGCGUCUGGCCACGCUCCCUGAUUAUACUCUUACUUUGCGACGUUCACCUGAUGACAUUCCACUCAUGACGCCUAACACCAUCACUAUGAUCCCUAAUUCUCUAGUGGGACUUCAGAGCCUUCACCCAUACAAUACCUUCUCUGCUGGCUUCAACAACACAAGCCUCCCUCACUCACACUCGACCACUAGAGUAUAGCGCCUCUCCUUUGUUGCCUCUCCCCUUUGCCUCUACAAGGUAUCUAAAGUCGAGUGGGAGGGAUAUUGACACAUUCCAUACCCCC